AUGGUCCAUCGGGGCAAGGACGGACAGAGCUCGGCGAGCGGAAGCAAUGGUGUCGGUAGCGCCAGCAGAAGUAGUCGUGCCGAACGGGCAGAACGGUCAGAGCCUCGGUCUGCACCGGUCGAUCUCUCUCUGUCGCAAGCCGAGGAUGUCCAGUGGGAUGAGGUCGGCUACGACGAUGAUGUGGAUGCACACGAGGCGGCGGCACACCGGCGGAUGCUGCAGCGCGAGAUGCGGGGCCUGAUCAAGCAGACGACGACCGACCAGGCCGCCUUUUACGACCAGGACUCGCACGCCGUCCACGACUUGCUCAACGAAUCGAGCCACCUGCUCAGGCAGACGCGGCAAACCACCGAGGCCACCAUCGACGCGACGCUCGUGCUGCGCGUGUCGGAGCUGGCGUUCAAGCGCACGACCAAUUUUCUGGCCGAACGCCAGGACCACACCGGCAUCGACCUCGAGGACUUUGCCACGCGAUGCCAAGACUACAUGCGGCUGGGGCGGGGCAUCAAGAACAUGCACGCGCGGGAGCUGUCCCGGUCGCAGCGCAAGCGGCGGCGUGGGGAGGCGCUGGCACACGCGGACGACGGUGCACGGCGGGCGAUUCGGGACGCGCGGGCCCGGGCCCAGGCAGCUCGCACCGCCGCACGGUCGGCGGCUCGCGCGGCCGCUGCGCGCACAGCGGCCGCCACGGGCGCGGAGGCGGUGGUGGACGAGCUGUACGACAUGAGCGACGACAGUGGCAGCAGCGGGGACGACGUCGACGACGACGACGACGACGCUGCUGAGGACGAAGCGGGUGGUGCCGUGCAGAGGAACAGGCGGGCAGCAUGGGAGCCGCUGGACUGGGAACACUUUGGCCGGUAUGCUUGCCUGCCGCGCACGCGGCGUCCCGCGCUGGCACGGUUCUUGCCGCGCAUGGCGCCGGCGGACGGCGACGACAAGGCACGCGUGCAGCGCAAGCGGACAGCGGCGCUGCGGCUGGCGGAGCUGCGCGAGGUGCGGCCGCAGGUGCUGCAGGCAGACGAGCUGGCGGCGACGAAAAAGAGCGACAACAUCCUGACGACGUUGGCAACGGACAUUUUGCAGCAGCUGCGGCGCGCGGUGGCGCGUGGCGCAGAACUGGUGCGGCGGAUCCAGGCGGCCGGUCUCGACGAGGACGACAACGAGGACGGGGACGAGCCCGGCUCCGCAAUGGCGGCGGCGAUGCAACAGCUGCUCGAGCAGGUCGGCAUCCACAGCAACGGCGGCGUCGACCUGAUCCGUUUCGCGGUGAACCCGCUGUCCUUCUCGCAGACGGUCGAGAAUCUGUUUUACAUCUCGUUCUUGGUGCGCGACGGGCGUGCAGGUCUAGCCUACGACCACACGGGUCUGCCGUCCAUCUUCCCGACGGAGGCUGAGGACGGCGGUGGUGAGCGCGUGCAGGCGAUGAACGAGGAAGGUGGUGGAGGGCGGGACGAGCGUGAGCUCGGCGGCGGGAGGCGGCGGGGCAAGAAGAGCCGGAACUCGGUACAUGAUGACGAGGCCGGGGAGAACGGCGGAAGUGCGCCCGAAGACACGCAGCGGCACCAGCUGAUUCUGGCCAUCGACAUGGCCAUGUGGAAGGAGAUGAUUGAACUGUUUAAUAUCACGAAACCGAUGAUUGAGCACCGGGAGUCGGCAGAGCCGUCACACCCGAGUGGGCAGACGUGGUUUACAUGA